AUGGCUUUGUUCGGUGUGCAAGUUGUUUUCAGCAUGAUAGUUGCUUUUUUGUUAUCCAAGUUCACUGGACAGUAUUCAUUUGGAAGGUGGAUUUUGUGCAGAAAGCUGGCUAGGUAUCUUCAUCCUACAGAUGAUGAACUGAGGAAAAUUGCAGGAUCAUCUGGUCAAGGAAGUAACAAACAACACAACAAAAGUUACAAGAAGCUUGAUCCUUCUAAGAAAGCUAAAGAUGAAUCUUUCACUAUACCAAAGUCAGCUGACAUUCAGUUAGAAGCUGUUCCAAUUAAACCUAUUGAUCUUUUACCAUUGCAAUAUUAUGGUGAAUAUUUAUGGAUUGUUGAUGUCGCAGUAUGUGGUGUUAUUAUUUUUACAUUAACUGACAUUUAUUAUUUUUUUUUACAUCCAAGCAGAGAAGUCAAUUUAAGCAUUUUCUGGUGUCUGAUUAUUGCAAUGUAUUCAUUGAAAACAUUAAUUUCUUUGACAAGUGUUUAUUUUAAGACUGAGCAGAGUGGGGAAAGAGUUCUAUGUCUACUUUUUGGUUUUUUCUUUCUUGUUUUUGCCAUGGCCAUUCUUAUCGUAGAUGAAGGUACUUUAGACUUGGGUUUAGAAUCUUCAUAUUUAAACUUUUCUAAGGCCACCAUUGCAUUUAUGGAAUCACAAGGACUUGAACCACAUUGCCCCAUUUCGAUGACCAUGGUAAGGAUUGUCAUUGCAAUUUCCUGUGCAAUUAUAGGCACCACACUUACUUUUCCAGGAAUCAGGUUGGCCAAAAUGCAUGUAGAUGCUUUAAGAUAUGCUAAAGAGAGUCCCGGCACGAGUGCAAUGUUGUACAUGAACUUUAUAUUCACUUUGUUGCUAUCCUUGUUGUGGGUAAAGCCAUUAUUUAGAGAUUACUUUGUCGUGAAAAAAUUAAAAAAUAAUCAACCCCUCAUGACCGACUACCAGUUUGAAGCUUUGAGAUUAUUAAUUAUCCUCAUUUUCUGUGUUUUUCGAUUUCUCUUGGUGUGGGUUCAUUUGCAGGCUCAUCUCAACAUGGCUUGUGACAAAGUUGCAGAACUCAAAAAAGAAGUUGGUAGAAUUAGUUCUGUUGAGUUAAAAAAAUUAGUCACUCGAAUCUAUUUUUAUCUCUGUAUAGUGGCUUUGCAUUACUUAACUCCACUGAUUUUAAUUUUGUUUUGCACCUUACUUUUAAAAACUCUCGGAAAUUUUUCCAUACCGCACUUGUUGCUUGGCACUGCGUUGUAUGAACCAGCUUCUAAAUCCCUGCAGUCUAAUCAGCUCUUCAACAUCACCAAGCACCUUUGGGACUCUGAGAGUACCGGUGACUUAAUAGUCAACACGGCCACACAAUUCUCUUCAAUAGUGGCUCAAAUAAAAAUGUUAUUUCCGACAUCUUGUUAUUAUAACCUGAUAUCAUUUUACUGUUGGUGGGUUUGUGUUGCUUGGUUUACUACUACCUCUUUUGGAGUUCUAUAUCAUACAUACUUUAAUGUUUAA